AUGGUUAACGGCAGAAACAGAAGUCAAGAGAAGACGAAUGGCAAAUCGAACUUUGAAUUUGGAUUCUUUUCCUCACUCGCCGCUGUGAUCAACUCUGGUGAAUUCUGGCGUUCUAUCAGAUGGUGCGACGGAGGAAGUACGCUAUUGAUAACCAGUCCAGUACUUUUUGAAAGAGACGUUCUGCAAAAUGACAACCAAGAACUGUUGCCGAACGUUAAGGACUUUGCCAGUUUUGUUGAUGCACUUGUGAAAGUGGGAUUUGAAAAGGUUUUGAGUGACAGAUUGUCAAAGGUGCAAAAGUUCCGACAUCCUUGUUUCAAGAAAGAUGAAGAAAUCCCUCAAAGAGCGACUGAAAAAAGAGCCGAACUCAAAAGAAAAAUGCAAAUAGAGGGAAAGUGUCGGAAAAGAUCGACACCUGUAGAGAAGGAAAAGUUGCCACAGAGGCUCGCGCAAAGCCUCAAUUGGAGCAAUGAUAGCGCGAGAAGAGCUGUGAAGAGGAAGAGAAAAGCUGAAUACAGUAGCGACUUUUCCGCGUCUGUCAAGAAGAGAAAGAAUGGUGAGGAUUUUCCUUCGAUUGUGUCAACCAAUCGUGACUCCGCCGAGGAGGUAACUGCUGCCCAGGCACUGCUAAGUUUGUCAGUUCCUGUUCUUUUCUUGUCGAAUUAUACUGCUGCGGAACUUGUGGCCGCUCAAAGCCUGCUCAAUCUUUCAAAGUCUUGUGCUGUACGACAACAAAGAAGUAUUCAAGAACUAGAAUCUGGAGAAGCUUUACUGGAACUUUUCAAGUCACCUUGUCGGAAACUUUUCAGGCAUCCAAUCUGA